ACAGUUCGAUAUUAUGUCAUAUUUCUCAAGAAAAGAACAAAGUCUGCUAUUCAAAUACUUCUCAAAAAUCUUCCCAAAUAUAUUGUCUUUACUUCUAGAUUUAAAUAUUGGUGUCACUAUGCUUUCUUUAAAUUGGCGAGGAAUUACUGAGGAUUUGAAACAGAGGUUGAUAAUAUUAAAAACUAUUUGUUGUAACUCUAUGUUAUCCACUGGAGUUAGAAACAUAGAAUGAGCAAUGUUGACGACAUGAAGAUCUGAUGUAUCAAGAAUUGAGUUUUGAUCAAUCUGACUUGUUAUUUGCCCACCUAUAUCAACAAAAUAUUCAUUAAAAACACAGGCUAUAUCAGUGGGAGCGUCCAGCUGCAACUGGGUAUAUGGUUUUAGGCAAGAAUCUGAUCAGAACACACCGGCUAAU